AACAUCGAUUGUCAAUGACAAAGACAAUAGCGGUCAGCAGUGAGAAGACGCAUUUAUAUUUACAGAGUUAGCACUUUUUUCUGUAAUACGUAACUAAUUCAUAUAUUAUUACUAACUGUAGUCUGUGUAUAUAAUAAUAAGUACCGGACCCUUCAAGAAAAUAGAAAUAAGUUACCAUAAAAAAUAUUGAAAUAAAAUAUAAUUAGUAAUAUAAUAUGUACCCCAGUACGGUCUACAUUGGGAUUUGUGAUUGAGGCACAGAAAAAAGAAUUUACUAUAUAUUUUAUUGAAUAUUUAAACUAACUAUUUUAUAAUUCAGUGAUAAUAUAAUUAGUAACUUGUUGUCUCCUUAAAUCUUACAAUAACUUUUCUAAAAUUAUUUGAAAAUAGGCUGGAAAACGUUGUUCUAUAUAAGUAAGCAAAUGAUUUGAAAUUUAAGUAAACAUGAAAAUCAAGUAAUCAUUUUUCAUAAUUGAAAACUACGAAUAUUAUAGUUUUUUUUAUUUAUACUUCUGGUAAAAGAACACUCGACAAUAUGGAUGAAGAACCAGCAAAUCAAUCAGGGGUAAAAAUGGAACUGGAAUCAGAACUGACCAACAAAUUUUUAAAUGGUGAAAUGUCUUUUGCUGAAUACUCCAGUGAAUGGUACGGUUGUGAGGAUGAAGAUGAAGUUGAAGAUGCAGAGAAGAAAAAUGAAGAGCCACAACAGACUGCAAAAAGACGUCGCAGAGUUACCCGUUUGACACCAGCGUUAGUUGGAUUAAUGGGCGAGGCCAACUUAAGAUUUGCUAGAGGAGAUGUUGAAAUGGCAGAAAAAAUGUGUCAUGAAAUAAUUAAACAAUUACCAACAGCCUCUGAGCCCUACCAAACUCUAGCACAAAUACAUGAAAAUGAUUCUGAGAAAUCUUUGCAGUUUUCUCUCUUGGCUGCUCACUUAUCUCCAACUGAUGUAAAUGAGUGGUUAAGAUUAGCAGCAAUCUCAAAACAAAAGGGUAACCACAAACAAGAGAUGAUCUGUUAUACUCAGGCUAUUAAAGCAGAUCCACAAAAUAUUGACAUUCACAUGCAGAGGCUAGAUCUAAUAAGCAAGAUAGAAGAAAUGAAGUCUACAUUAAGUGCCUGGUUCAUAUCAAGAGUAAAAUGUUAUCACAAAAUUGUAACAUGCCUGGCACCAACUCAUGGGGAAGUAAUAAUGAAAUAUGCAAGAUUAGCUGCCUCUCUAUAUCAUGAUGCAAAUGAAAAAAGUAAGGCAUAUGAAGUUAUGCAAACUGCAUACAAAAAGUGUCCCAGUCUGUUUACACUGGAAGAUAUUAACAUUUAUCUGGAAUUAUUGAUAUCACAGAAAGAAUUUCAGAAAUGUUUAGAAGUGUUUGUGGCAAGUGUUGGUGUUGAUAUUGAAGCAGAAAUACAAACAAUUCGAAAUUCUUCAAAUGAAAUUGAAGAACAUACUAAUUAUGUUAAAUGUUCCAUACCAAGUAAUUUAGCAAUAGAUUUAAAGUGUAAACUGUUAGUAUGUUUUAUCCAUUUAGGUGCCAUUAAUCUUGUACAGACAUUCUUAGAUGAUUUUUUGACUAAUGAUGUUGAAAAAGCUGGAGAUUUGUAUAUGGAUAUUGAAGAAGCAUUUUCUGCUGUUGGUCAUCAUGAAAUGGCUAUGCAGCUAUUGGAACCACUAGUAAAAGCUCCCAAUUUCGACCUUGGAGCGGUUUGGCUAAAGUAUGCAGAGUGCCUUUUUAAUUUAGGAAGGGAAGAUGAAGCAGUUAAUGCUUUUUACAAAGUUUUAGAACAUGCACCGCAGCAUCCUGAUGCCCGUCGGAAACUAUUUUCUAUACUAGAAAAGAAAGGUUGCAUAGAAGAAGCUUUAAAUGUUCUUCAACAAGAUUAUAAGUAUGUUGUUAGUCCCAGUCUUUUAUACGAACAUUGUAAUAUACUUAAAAAGUAUAAUAGGAUACCCAAAUAUUUGAAAAAUUCCACAUUCUUCCCUGUUUUGCGGCUGCUUCUACCAGAUAGAGACCGUGAUAGAAAUCCUUAUAAUUUGAAGGAAACAAAGCUUGGAUCUCUGUUGGUAAAGGUCUUAUCGCUGAAUAAACAGUCACAUGAUGCCCAAGAACUUCUUAACUUCCGCUCAGUGCAUAAUAAUGCACAUGAUAGCGAUUUCGCCGGUGUUGCAUAUUUCGUAUUAAAAAACAGAAUGACCCAGAAGUCGUGCAGCUUAACGAUAGGAGAUAUUAAUAAGGUGCUCGAUAAAAUAUCUACAGCUGAAGUCGGAAAUAAAGGCCCUGUCCUGGAUGACGCUUUCAGCUUUAUAAUUAAAAACCUAACUGCAGAACAAUUGAAAUGGUUUUUAAGGCUUAUUUUAAAGGAUUUAAAACUCGCUAUGGGCACGCAUAGAACACUAGCUGCGUUUCACCCAGAUGCUCCGGAGCUGCUUGAUAGCUGUGGAAAUCUUAGCAAGGUGUGCGAAGACUUAUCUGAUGGUGAUACGAGACCUAUAGAGUUAGGUGUUAAGGUGUUUUAUGCAGUGAGCCCCAUGCUAUCGGAGCGGCUGGAUAUAACUCGUAUAUCCCAGUUGUCGUCUGAUAAAACUUAUCAGAUAGAAGAUAAAUUCGAUGGUGAAAGGUUUCAGAUUCAUAUGGAGGAUGGUGUUUUUGAAUAUUUCUCCCGUAAAGGUUUCACAUAUGCGAGUAAUUAUGGGAAAACGUAUGAUUCGGGACUACUGACACCGCGCUUGAGGGAUUGUUUUUCGCCGAAUGUAAAGAGUUUUAUACUCGAUGGUGAAAUGAUGGGCUGGCACAAGGAGUAUCAGUGCUUUGGGUCAAAAGGCAUGGCAUUUGACAUAAAGAAAAUCACGGAGAAUUCGAAAUAUCGGCCAUGUUUUUGCGCGUUUGAUGUUCUGUAUUACAAUGGGAAGUCGCUGAUUGGUCCACCUGAAAAGGGCGGGAAAACAUUGAAGGAAAGGCAACAAAUAUUAGAUUCCAUGUUAAUUAAUGUUCAAGGAGUCAUAUUGCGUAGUAAACGGCAGAUCGUAAAGGAGUCUGUGGAUGUAUUGAAUGCUCUAAAUAAGGCGAUAGAAAAUCAGGAUGAAGGUAUUGUUGUGAAGGACGUCGACUCUUAUUACAUAGCUAACCGGCGAAACGCGGGUUGGUAUAAAAUCAAACCAGAGUAUACCGAGGGCGCGAUGACGGACCUAGACCUGGUAGUGAUCGGUGCUGAUGAAGCUGAGAACAAGAGGCAGGGUCGGGCCAAAAGCUUCCAUGUCGCCUGUCUGGAUGUCACUACGGGGCAAGCAAAACGCUGGGUAGCCGUCGGUCGAGUUGCGACGGGCCUCACAUUCGACGAAAGGGAGACACUUUGUGCACUUUUGGAACGAAAAUGGACCCUCGCGAAGAGAACUCCGCCGCCUCCAUGUUUGUUUUUUAACAAGGACAAACCGGACUUCUGGAUCUUGCCAGAAUAUUCGGUUGUUUUGGAAGUCCGAGCGACGGAAUUGGUACGCAGCAGUUCUACGGGCACCGAGUACACGCUGCGGUUUCCGCGCGUCACGAAAGUGCGGAGCGACAAGCCGGUGGACGAUGUGCUCACUCUCCAGGAGUUCCAGCGACUUGUGGCGGAGAAAAACGCAGUAGUGAAGCUCAGCACCAAACGCAUUAACCAAGACCAGAUCGACGAGGUGCUGACCAAAACGCGACGCACGCGUACAUCGAAGGCCGCGCAAGUGAGCGAGAAGUUUCGCGCCAAGCUAACCGGCGACGUAUCUGUUACAUCGGGAGCCUUGCGCGAGCGGGAAGUGUGCGUGCUGUCCGGGGAUGAGGAUUGCGGGAAGGCGGAGCUGGUCAGGAUCGUGGAGACGCAUGGGGGCAAACAUGUGGAGAAUGCUGGCCCGAAAACCUGGUGUUGCGUUGCAGGCACAUUGAGUUUUCGUAUUCGUAAAUUGAUAGAAAGCAACAAGUUCGAUAUAAUAUCUGCGUCGUGGUUGCGAAACCUCGCUGUUUCUGAUGUUCCUUGCUCUUUGUCGCCAUUGGACAUGUUGUCGAUUAAAAAGGAAACCAAGAUUGCAUUGAGUUUGGAAUUUGAUCCAUUUGGGGAUAGUUAUAGAGAACCUAUUGACGAGGAUACCUUGAAGAAAUGCUUGAAGAAAAUGGAUGGUGAGGACCCCAUUUAUCCCACGACACAAGAAAUAGUGGAGUUAGAUGAACAAUUGUUCAGUGAUAACAAUCCGUUCUCGUUUUUGAGACAAUGUUCGAUACAUUUUAUGAACGAUCCGAUACGCUCCGCUCUGGCCAAGAUUUAUGGAGCCAAAGUAUGUGAUAAAAGUGACUUUUUAACUCACAUUGUGAUAUCAAAGGAGUCGGACAGACAGGAAUUGUAUCGCGUAAAUAAUAACGACGAUGUAAAAGUCGUGUCUCGCGAGUGGUUUGAUAAAUGUUUGGAUGUGAAGGCGUUAGUGCCAGUAACGUAGUGUUUAACUCUCAGAAUAUGAUAUUGAGAAAUGAUAUUAUUUUUAUAUUAGAACCUAUUAUAAACUGUAUAUGAAAUAA